AUAAUGACUAGUGAAAUUCACUCUUUUUUUGAUAACAAAGAUUAAUAAAAAAGCAAAAUUUGGACGAAGUUUUGCAAGAAUCAAUAUAAAGUAAAAUAUAUAAACAUAUGUUUAGAAUGAUAUUAUAGAAUAUGAGAUUGAAUGCAGUCGACUUAGUAGAACUCAUAAACAAUUAAAGCCAUUUAAUCUUUAAAUUGGUUAGGAAACUUUAUAUGUUUUCAAAAACUAAUAACCUUAAGGAAUGCUGUAAUUAACAGUUACUUUAAUGUUAUUGAAAAGAUUUGAUGAUAAGGAGAUAAUUAGAUUACAGAGAAAUGGCCAGUAUGUGGAUAUAUUUCUAGACAACAUAGAUCAAUUGAAAAAGGUCUUAAUUUCUAAAUGUAUGUAAACAACUUUCCAUAAUGAUUUUACUGUUCUUAAAAUGAUUGGUAAAGGAAGUUUUGCGAAUGUGUAUUUGGCAACAAGAAAUACGAAUGGAGUUCAGUAUGCAGUCAAAGCUUUUAGUAAACUCUUUAUUCAUGGAUAAUUUAGAGGUAGAGAAGGUUUAGAGAAUGAGAUUAGAGUAAUGAGGAGACUAAAUUAGGAAAAUAUUCUGCAUUUACAUGAAGUGCAUGAAACUCAAAACUCUAUUUAUUUUAUUUUGGAUUUAUUAGAAGGAGGCGAACUAUUGAAGAGAGCUUAAACUAUAAUAUAUUCAGCAUAGAAAAUUUAACUAUUGAUGUACAACUUAUUAAAAGCCUUAUAUCAUAUGCAUUCAAAAAAGUGUAUGCAUAGAGAUUUGAAACCAGAAAAUUUAUUAUUAAAAACUAAAGAUAGUGAUACAGAUAUUGUAAUAGCAGAUUUUGGAUUAGCACAUAUAAUGGAUUAAUAACCACUUUAUAAAAGAUGUGGUACUCCAGGAUUUGUGGCACCUGAAAUUUUGAAAUAUAAUGAUUAUGGUCCAUUUUAUAAUGAAAAAUGCGAUGUCUUUAGUGCAGGUAUUAUAUUUUAUUUAAUGAUGACUGGUAUUUAACCAUUUGGAGGAUCCGAUUAUAAAGAAAUAUUACAAUCAAAUAAGGGCUGUCAAAUUAAUUAUGAUAUUAAACAAAUAUCUAAAGUAUGUACUUUUUUUAUAUUAUUAAGGGUCCUUAACAUUUGAAGAGUUUAUUAAAGAAAAUGCUAAAAGUUGAUCCUAUUGAUAGAUAUUCUACUGCGGAAUGCUUAAAACAUCAAUAUUUUUAAGAAAUUUUUAACGAAGACGAUUUAUUAGACACCAAGGAAAAUUUUUCAAAAUAUGAAUUAGAAUAUAAAUCUACUUUAUUAAGAAAGAAGUAUAAAAUUAUUCAUUUAUUUAUAGUUCUUAAGAAAGUCAAGAAGGCUCUAUGUUAUUAAUGAGUAAAUAAUAAUAAUGGAAUGGUUAGACAGAUACUAUUGGAUCAUUAUCUAAUUGUUCAAAUUAAAGUUCUAAUAAUAAAGCUGAUAAAUAAUAGACUAAUCUUUCUAAAUUUAGUUAGUUUUGUUCUUAGAUGAAGUAGGAAGGAUUAUCUCCAAAUACUGUAAUCUCUGCAAGAAAGAAAAACAAUUAAGAUCUGCAUAAAUUUGCAUUAAAAAACAGCUAUCAAUAAAAGUAGAAGAGUAAAGAUGAUGAUUAUGUGAUUGAUGAUGAAUAAUCUAGCAUUACUAAAUAAUUAAAUUAGUUAAAUGUUUAAGCACCAAAAAUGGGAUUUUUAAAGAAAAGUUAAUCAUUAGAUGUAAAUUGAG